UGCCAAGUGCUUGAGUGUCAACCUGAGAAUUAUUCUCUCUCUCUCUCUCUCUCUUUUUCCUGUGAAACAAGAACCUGAGAAUUCUGACUUGCGCUCAAGUUCACUGUGAAUUCAGAGGGCGGCUAAUGGAAAUUCAGUUUCCUGGGAGAGAAGAUACGGCAGAUGCAGCCGAGGACGCUUCCGCGCGGCCGCGCCGCCAUCCUGCGCGCGGUCACGGGAUGCCGCGGCCGCCGGGAAGAGCAGGCCCUCCACUGCCUCGUCUGCAAGCUGGGACUCGCCUCCGACGUCGUGCUUGCGACCGCCUUGCUCGUCCGCUACGGCAGGCGCGGCCUCCUGGCUCCCGCCCAGCGGCUGUUCGACGAAAUGCCGCGCAGGGACGCGGUCGCCUUCAACGCCAUGCUGGCCGCGCUCGGCGCCUCGGGGAGGGCGGCCGACGCGCGGAGGCUGUUCGACCGAAUGCCGGGGCCGGACAGGACCCCCGCGUCGUGGAACACCCUGCUCACGUGCUACUGCAGGGUCGGCGACCUCGCCUCCGCCAGGGCCGUCUUCGAGGCGAGCCUGCGCGCGGCGACGAGCAGCGCCGUCUCGUGGAACGCGAUGGUCGACGGGUACUGCAAGGCCGGGCGGAUGGACGCCGCCCGGGAGCUGUUCGACCGUAUGGGCUCCUCGCUGCGGGACGUCGUCACGUAUAACACGAUGAUGGCCGGGUAUCUGCGCCGGGGAGACCCCGCCGCGGCCAUCGCGAUGUUCCGCCGGCUGACGCAGGAUGAGGGGCAGGCGCCGAGGCCCACCGCGGUCACCAUUGCCACCGUGGUGACUGCUUGCACGCAGGUGGGGGACUUCGGCUUUGGCCGGGCGGUCCAUCUCUCCACCCGGCAGCUGCUGGGGACAAGCACCGACGCGGUGCUGAGCAACGCCCUCAUGGACAUGUACUUCAAGUGCGGGAGCGUGGACCGCGCGCUCGAGGUCUUCAGCGCCAUGCCGUCCGGCGCGCCCAACCUCUUCUGCUGGAACACGGUGAUCGCGGGGCUAGGCAGGAACGGCCGCGGCGAGGAUGCCGUCAGGGCGUUCCGCGACAUGGUGGAGACGAGCAAUAAGAACAACGAGGUCAGGCCGGACUCGGUGACGUUCGUGGCGCUCCUGUCGGCGUGCAGCCACUCCGGUCUGGUGCGCGAGGGCCGUGAGCUCUUCGCGGAGAUGCUGCCGGCCCACGGGGUGGCUCCCGGGGCGGAGCACUACGGCUGCAUGGUGGACCUGCUGUGCCGCGCGGGGCUGCUCGGCGAGGCCGUGCGGCUCGUGCGGACGAUGCCCGUCCGGCCCAACGCCAAGGUCCUGGGGUGCCUGCUGCUCCAUGCGCGCAGCUCGGGGGACGGCGUGACGGCGAGCGAGUGGGCGGCGAGGCGGAUCGCGGAGCUGGACGGCCGCGACGGCGCCGCGUACGGGCUGUCCAACCUGUACGCGUCGCUGCAGAGGUGGGAUCACGUCGAGAGGCACCGGAGCGGGCUGGUGACCGUGGCCGCGGCGAGCGGCAAGGAGCCUGGCCGGACUAGCUACGAUCCGCAUGUACGCUAGUUCGAGGCACCGACUCGUACGGUUUCUGCAAGCAGGACACACACGUGCACACACACUGCGCCACACAACGACAGCGGUGACAGUGAGCCCCCACGUUUGCAGUGACGUUGGCGCGAUGUAAGCAUGUGCGAUGGCACUCAACGGAUGCGAAGGUGAGGAACCUUCCCGUGUCUUCUUCCUAUCGACGCCUGGGGCAAAAGUGACAGUUUUGGUUCUAUAUGCAAAAAUGGUAAAACAAAUUGCACGUGCUGAUUGGAAAAAAUUACUGCAGGUAAGCAAGGAGAAACUGUAAGAAUUUUUAAGUGACCUUUUGUUUAUACAACUUUUUGCAAAAGA